CUUCCAAGUUCCAAACUUUGAGCAGAGCUUCCUAUGAAAUGGCAGAGCUUUGCAAUUUAUCAUCUCACGGGGUACCCUUGUGUCAGGAUGAGAGCUGCAAUGAACGAGGUGGUGACGACUCUGAGUUUGCUUCCUUCUCGGGUGAAUCCAGCGGGUCCUUGUGCUCAUCAGCUUCAAAUCUGUCUGAUGAUGCAACAUCAUCCCCACCUGGUCAUCCCCGUGAGCCAUCCUCAGCAUCUUCGAGCAUGUUGCAGCUGGAUGACGAGGGUCCCCUGUACAAGUUGUCCUCGCUGGUAGUCCAGCUUCCAAUCAGGAAAGGACUGUCCAAAUACUACCAAGGGAAGUCCCAAUCAUUCACAUCAAUAUCUGAUGCUACAUGUGUUCAAGAUCUAGCAAAGAAAAUUUCAUACAGUAAGAGGAUGAAGACAUGUAAAAGUUAUUCAGCAGGAUUAGACAUGAACCAACGGUCAAACAACUUACCAAGGCCAUGCAACAAGGUGAUAGCAAAGAGGCCCUCAAAUGGUUCAGUUGCUAGAGUAAUGACAAGAACUUGCAACACCCGUCACUUGUACAGCAGCGCGAAACCAACUACACACCAGAACAAGAGAGAUGCACAAAUGCAUAUCAGUCUGUAAAUAUGUGAAACCUGGAAGAAAUAAGAAAUAGAGUGUCAAGCCUCCA